CACCUUCAAAGAAAUCAGAAGACGUUCAUUUAGUACGCCUUCAGAAGCAUCCAGAUGAUCUAACGAUACGAUGCGAUUUCUUCUUGUUCUUCAACUUGUUUUCUUUUAUUUUUCAGCUGCAACAACGAAUAGCCCUAAAAAGUGCUCCAGAAAUAGCAUAAAUCUCGGAAAACUUAUCGAUACCCUGCUCACCGACUAUGACACACAUUUAUUGCCUGAAGCAGAAGGAGUCAAUGUGACAAUUGAGCUUCAUGUUCAGGGUGUAUCGGGUAUUUCUGAAAUCACGGGUGACUUUUCAUUGGAUGUGAUGUACAGUGAAAUAUGGCAGGAUCCACGAUUAUCCUUCAAACAUCUCAAUGUUUGUGCAACAAAUAUCACUUUGAAGUCUGACUUCCGAAAGAAAAUUUGGACACCUGACACAUGUAUCAUCAACUCGAAAUCCAGUUCAAUUCAUUCAUCUCCAAGUGAAAAUACAUUUGUGAUCUUAUAUGAAAAUGGACUUGUCUGGAGUAAUUUCAGACUAAAUGUGAAAACUCCUUGCUCCGUAAAUUUGAAGAUGUUUCCAUUCGACUCCCUUUCCUGUGAAAUAGUAUUAGAGUCAUACUCAUUUAAUACGGAUGAAGUACGGUUAAUGUGGCAUGAUGUUCCUAUAACAAUGAUGGAAAAGGUAGAACUACCAGACUUUGAUUUAAUAGGAUGGUCAACAGAUCAUCAAAGAUUAGAGUAUCCAAAUGGAAUAUGGGAUCGAGCAAAAGUGAAAUUCACAUUUGCUCGUCGAUACGGUUUCUACCUUUUCCAGUCAUAUUUCCCUACUUCGUUAACAGUUAUUUCUUCAUGGGUUGGAUUCUUUUUCGACGUUCGAAGUGUUUCGGCAAGGAUAACACUUGGUGUCUCGUCACUUCUUGCACUUACUUUUCAAUUUGGAAAUGUUUUGAGACACUUGCCACGUGUCAGUUAUAUCAAAUGUCUCGAUGUUUGGAUGAUUUUCUCCGUUAUUUUCAUUUUUUGUACAUUGGUCGAGUUGGCAAUUGUUUGCCAAUUGAACAGAUGGGAACGAGAACGACAAAUUGGAUCAAAAGUACUUGGACACUGGUUAAACCAGAUUCGAAAAACGAGGAAAAAGGAAUCAAAAGCCGAUGAAGGAGGUGGUGGAGGUGUUGGAGGCCUUCUGAGAAAACGAAUUCCAGUGUUGGCUCAAUUAAAAGCAGCUGCUACAGAUUCGAAUUCCGGUGCGGCGACUGCAAUGACGACGGCGAUUCAGCCGCCAAACACUAAUUUGAAUUCAAUUACAAAUUCGGAUAAUAGUAAACUAGUUGCUAACAAUUUUACCUCGAUCGAGCACGAAACGUAUGCCUACGAGAAGAAACGUGGUUUUUCUCAUUGUUUUCAGCGUUUCGUGUAUGCAAUUUGUCCGCCUGAUCGAGAUUGGACAAUUACGAGUGUACAAGUGGAUCGGUGUUCCAUGAUUAUGUUUCCACUGUCUUUUCUUAUUUUUAACGUUGUAUACUGGUCAAUAUAUUUCAUGAAAAUGGAUCGUCCCAUGUAAAUUCAUCACAUUCCCUUUUCCCCCAUGCCCUCCCUCCCCUCCUUGUCUUUGUUUUGUUCAAAAAUCAUCGAAUUUUCUCAUAUUAUUUUAUUACUGGGAUGCUAAAACUUGCGAUCAAAUCUCCGCAAAAAUCAUGGCAGUGGGCCCUGCGAUGAGCGAAACUUUUUAGCUACAGUGCCCGCUCUGCGAGUAUUUAACACUUUGUCUGCAGUUCACCAUUCUCUUUGCUUUAUCCAUUUUCUAAAAUUUAAAACUGCAAUUUGAACAGAAAAUUGCGAAAAUGAAAAUAAAAAUCUACCAUAUUCCAGUGUACGGUAGCUGGAAAGUUUGGCUCGUGCCAAGACCCAAAGCCGUGAUUCAAAGUUAAAAAUCACAAUUUUUCGCAAGCAGGUAAUAAUUUAAUAAAAUCAGGAAAGAAAAAUUGUCAGUUUUUCUUUUCAAAAAAUUUCAAGAAAAUAAUUUUUUCUGAAAAACUCUCGAUCGCUCUUUCAAAAUGGUAAUUUGCUUUGUUUUUCUUCGUUUUUCUCAUUUCUACUGACCAAUUUUCAAGUAAAAAGCCGCUCCGGUGCCAUUUUCUUCAGUCUCCCCGCGAAAAAAAUCAGGGUAUGUGUAGUUUUCAAUGUAUCUAUCAAUUUUCAUUUGAAUUACUAAAAAAAAAUUUAAAUGAA